ACUUUGGAUAUUGUGAAUAUGCUGCAAUGAACAUGGAUGGAAAUUAAUGACAGUUUCUCUGAGCUGCCUGAUGUCAGAGCCGGGAAAGGUGUGAAGAGUAUAUAAGAGCUGGAUUACUCAUUGGCAAGUGUGGGGGCAAAUACUCCAGUGGAUGCAAGCUUGGGAUUGUUUAUAAAGCUUUCUUACCAUUAGAGGCAUUCUCUGAUAUUGCUGACGCUGAAACACUAAAAGAAAAUUUGAGAAGCAAUGUGCCUCCUGAAACUUCCAGUAGUUCUCAUUGUGCUCUUGGUUGCACUACACCAUCUGAAAGCUACCCCCAUUGAAAGUAACCAAGUGGAAAAGCGGAAAUGCAACACUGCCACAUGUGCGACCCAACGCCUGGCAAAUUUCUUAAUUCGUUCCAGCAACAAUCUUGGUGCCAUUCUUUCUCCUACCAAUGUGGGAUCCAAUACAUAUGGAAAGAGGAGCACAAUUGAUAUUUUAAACAGGGAACCAUUGAAUUACUUACCCUUUUAGAGGUCAAUGUACCUCUAGAAUUCUUCUUGUUUCAUGUACAAAUAUUCUAGUGAUUUCCUGUGUAAUUUAACAUUAGCAUGAACCUGCGUCUGUGUGUCCCAUGUUUGUUGCCAGUACAUAUAAAUUGUCUUGAAAAGAAUUGUUUUAAAUUUAACACUAAUUAAGGUCCCGUAAUAAAAAGUCAGUAUCUUUAAAAGUGAAGUGUUCUUGUUAUAGAUUUUUAUUUUAAAAACAUUAAAAAGUCACUCUUUAGCUUGUAUUGCUAUGGCUUGAGUUUGAGAACAAAGGAGAAAAUGGUAUUUGGAAACUUGGUAAAUUGUAAACAGCUAAGAGUAAAGUUAAGAACAUUAAAAAACCAGUAAUCAUAAGGACCGUUGUUAAGUAAUUCAUUUUGCAUUAGAUUUCUAAAAUGAGAUAAAAUGCUACGUAAAAAUUUUAAUUAAUUUUUGCUCUUACUCAGUCAAAAUAUUUUUUUGAAAUUAUAUUCUUUGCUGGAUUUGCUGGUACUAGAGGUUAUUUAAAAAUCUUAAAGCAACUUGUGUUCAUGAGGGUUUCAUUGUGUGUUAUCAUCGAUGUGCUUUUGUUAAACAUAUAUGCCUUUUAUUCUGCUCAAGUGACUUUCAGCAAACCUCAGUCAUAUUCUGAUGCAGCGUAUUGCAAAAGCAACUUGUGUUCCUAUUAAUCAUGUUUUCAACUAAAAGACCACAGACUUCUGGGAAUUGUAUACUGUAUGGUGAUUUAUUUUGUUUGUUAAACCAAUUGGACAUUUCUGGCAGAGAUUACAUAUGUAUGAUACAUUUUUUUUUGAAGGAAGCUGUAGAAUUGGCUAUGAACUGUAAUGUUUCCCUCUAAGUCUCAUUUAUAUAGGGGUAUCUGCUUUUCUCUGUGAGUUAGUUACCUUUGGAAACAGCAUUAACUGAGAUAAAUUGCUAUCAUGUUGUAUUAUGCCAUUUCUAAAAGCACUCAACUUGUAUUUAAAAAAAAAGUAGAAAAAAAAAGCAUCUCAAUGUUAGUGAGAAUCUGACUCAUUGACUUGAUUUAUACAUUAAAAUUUCCCCUUAUGAAGUAUGCCUUAUAUUGUCAUAUUAUAGUUGUUUGUGUGUAUAGGUGUAUAGAAACAGGAGAUGAUAUUUAUAAUGAUUUAUGUCAUAAGUUGCAUUUUGAAAUAAAUAAGUUAAUGUAUAAAUUCCUA